GCCAGGCCAGUUGGGGGCGUGCCCGCGCGACGUCGCUACGUCGGGGCGGGGCAAGGCGUGUUCCGGUCCUCCUCCACGGCUCGCACCGCAGGCCGGAACGCGAUCGCGUGAACCGACGGGACUGCCGGACCGUAGCGCGAGGCACCGUGGGCCGGACCGCCGCGGUGCGCGCCCGGAAGCAGCCGGUGGCUUGACUUGGGAGCCAUGGCCACCGCGGUUUUGGGAGCUGCCGCGCGUGCUCUGCGGCCGCCGUGCUGGUGUCUGGGAGUUUGGCAGACACAGGUUAGAGACACACACCAGCGAGCUUCAUUGUUGUCUUUCUGGGAACUCAUUCCCAUGAGAGCAGAACCUCUGAAAAAGAAGAAGAAGAUCGAUCCUAAAAAAGAUCAAGCUGUAAAGGACCGUUUGAAAAAGAGGAUCCGAAAACUAGAGAAGGCUAGCCAGGAGCUAAUUCCCAUUGAGGAUUUUAUUAUCCCCAUGAAGUUCAUGGAUAAAGAGAGACAGCGGCCUCAGGUAGAGCUUUCCUUUGAGGAGGAGGAACGGAGAGCUUUGCUCAUGAAGAAGUGGUCCCUGCACAAGCAGCGAGAGCAUGAGAUGGAGAGGGAAGCCAUCAAGUCCUUGCUCCAGGCCCAGCAGGAAGCUCUGAAGGAGCUGCAGCUCACAUCCCAGGAACUCUAUGCGGAGGCCAUCAAGCGGGACUACAGUCUGUUUCCCUUUGAGAGAGAAGGGCCAGAUUACACACCACCCAUCUCCAACUACCAGCCCCCUGAAGGCCGGUACCAUGACAUCACCAAGGUGUACACACAGGUGGAGUUCAAGAGGUAGAGCUGCGGGCCGCUGUCUGAACACGCUGCCCUUGGAAGCCACAAUGACCAGAGCUCAAGCCUCCUUGUCACAGAAUCAGGCAUGCUGAGAAUAAAUGU